AUGGAGAUGGGUGUCUAUCCUUCCUCUGAAAGCUGCAAAGCUCCCAUGCUGGCACUGUGCCUGACGCUGCCCGGGCAUACAGGAAGGGACUUUGGGAGAGAUGGAGACCUGGGGUACUGCCAGGUGGAAAAGGCAUCCGCGGAGCCGGCGGGAGGCCAAACCAGACCGAUGGCGGCGGCGGCGGCGGCGGCGGCCCUGUCGGGCCUGGCGGUGCGGCUGUCUCGCUCGGCUGCGGCCCGCGGCUCGUACGGCGCCUUCUGCAAGGGGCUCACGCGCACGCUGAUCACCUUCUUCGACCUGGCCUGGCGGCUGCGCGUGAACUUCCCCUACUUCUACGUCGUGGCUUCAGUGAUUCUCAACGUGCGCCUGCAGGUACAUAUUUAG